AUGGCCACGCCUUCGAGCUCGCGGCCGGCGAGCAUGUCUUCCCGGCAGGGCGGCUCGCGAACGCUGAACGACUACCAACUCGGCGACUCGCUGGGGAAGGGCGCCUUUGGGCAGGUCUAUCGCGCCCUCAACUGGGCCACUGGCGAGACCGUCGCCAUCAAGGAGAUCACACUCAGCAAUAUCCCCAAAGCGGAGUUGGGCGAGAUCAUGUCUGAAAUCGACCUGCUCAAGAACUUGAAUCAUCCCAACAUCGUGAAGUACAAGGGCUUCGUGAAGGAACGCGAGUAUCUGUAUAUCAUUCUUGAAUUCUGCGAGAAUGGCUCGCUGCAUAACAUCAUCAAGCGGUUCGGGAAGUUCCCAGAGAACCUUGUCGCCGUAUAUAUCGCGCAGGUCCUCGAAGGACUCGUAUACCUGCACGAGCAAGGUGUCAUUCAUCGCGACAUCAAAGGCGCAAACCUCCUCACCAAUAAGGAUGGCACUGUCAAGCUUGCUGACUUCGGUGUUGCAAGCACGGCAACAUCGACCGCUAAUAACGAUGCGGUCGUAGGCAGUCCAUACUGGAUGGCUCCUGAGGUCAUCGAACAGUCGGGCGCGACGACAGCGUCCGACAUCUGGUCCGUCGGUUGCGUCGUCAUUGAGCUACUGGAAGGCCAUCCGCCAUAUCACACUCUCGAUCCUAUGCCUGCACUUUUCCGCAUCGUACAAGACGACUGCCCGCCCAUACCCGAGGGCGCCUCCCCGAUCGUCAAGGAUUUCCUCUAUCACUGCUUCCAGAAGGACUGCAACCUGCGCGUCUCCGCCAAGAAGCUGCUUCGCCAUCCAUGGAUGGUGUCAACGCGGAGACAGAUGGAGGAUGCGCCGCGAGAGUCUCAGGGCCCUGGUGGGCGACCGCUAAGCAACUACAACUACGACGAGGCGGUCUUGAAGGUGCAGGAAUGGAAUGAGGCGCUGAAGUCACCUUCACGCCCCUCGAAGCAUCCGAGCAAGUCUAAGCCAUCUGCAUCUCCCGCUAUGGAUAUACAGCCCUUGCGCUUGCCUGUAUCAACAUCAGCGGGGUCAGCGGGCUCCGGCUGGAAGGAACAGACUGACAAUUGGGACGACGACUUCGAGGAGGGCAUCUCCUUGACGAAGCUGCAGGCGCCUGUGCGCGUACCUUCGAAGGACUCAGCAUCUAUCCGUGCUUCGCUCGACAAGAGCACGGCGUCAGAGGAGGAGCGCACAGAUGGUGACGAUAAUGCCCGCACGAUCCGUCCCAAUUUCAGUCCAAACUCUGGGCCUGUGCCGCUGGCGAAGGCGCCUGCCAACGAGAUCAACCCUAUCAUUGAGGAUUACUCGGAUCUGGCUGAGGAUGAUGAGUUGGAGGGUAAGGUUGCGGACUUCAAGAUGAAGAACUCCUUCCGGCGUGGCCUUUUCCACCCGGAUGACAUCAAGGUCCUUGGACUAAACAGCGCUGGACCCUCCGCACCUCUCUCCGCCCCCUUACUAUCCGACUCUUCCCCUCGUCGUUCACCCCGACCAAGCCCUAUUAUGCUCCCCACAGGCAAGAUCGCGCCCAGUCCAGCUACGGCCCAGCCCCGACACGCGCGGUCGAGCUCUUUCGCGGGCAAUCUCGGCGAGAUGCGCACGAGCAGCAUGGGGCAGGCGGAGGCGCGGAAGCUGCUGAACCAGCAGGAGUUUGGCAAGUACGCGGAGGAUGACGAUGAGGACUAUGAUGAUGUGUUCGGGAAGCCCAAUGGGACAAUGGCGGGGUCGGGGCAGACGCUGCAGCUGAAUACGCGGUUGUCGAACAAGUCAUGGCUUGGCGACGAAGCCUCGGACGAGGAAGAUCCAUUCGCGGAGAUCGACGAGGGCUUCGCCGAGGACGAUUUGGAGACGAACUUGCAGCGUGACAAGUACGCGCGGUUGACGAACCAGGUCAACCAGCUUAUCGACGAGCUGACUCCGUCUGCACCCGACUUCCAGCUACGAGAAGCCUGCGAUCAGUUGUUGGCGAUCAUGUCGGACGCGCCGGAGAUGCAAGUGCAACUUGUGUCUUCGCACGGGAUGCUAGCCAUACUGGAGGUGCUGGAGGGACGAUGCUCAAGAGAUGUCAUCAUGCGGCUGCUGCAGAUCAUCAACAACCUUGUGCAAUCCGACAUCGGUUUCCUCGAGAGUUUCUGCCUGAUUGGCGGAAUCCCCGUCAUGAUGGGCUUCACAUCCAAGAAGUACUCGUCGGAUUGUCGAUUGCAAGCGUCGAACUUCGUACGGCUGCUGUGCCACACCUCCGUCUUGACACUGCAGAUGUUCAUCUCAUGUCGUGGCUUGAAAGUUCUCGUCGACCUGCUGGACGAAGACUACACCGAGCAGGCGGACCUUGUCGUACAUGCCUUGAACGGCAUCUGUAGCGUAUUCGAGCUGCAAAGCCCGACGACGAAGAACGACUUCUGCCGGAUGUUCAUUCGCGAGGGCCUCCUUGAUCCUCUGUCCGCAGCACUGUUGAACGUGAUGGCGUCGCAGGGCGAGUCGUCGAUGGAGAUCAAGAUGAAGAUCAUCCAGAUUCUUCAGGUCUUCGCUCAGGUGUCGCAGUCGGAUAUACAUGUGAGGAAUGCGCUGGGGACGCGGAAGGUCAUCAGGAGACUGCUGCGCGCAUGCGAACUUCUGGAGCCGGAAUGCCUUGCGCAGAUGCUGAAGGCUAUCAAGCAUCUGUCAAUGAACCCGACGCUUCUUGAGGUCUUGCAGAACGCGAAUGCGAUCGAGAUUCUCGUCCGCAUCCUCGAUGAACAAUCGACAGGGCCUCACGGCACGGAAAUCUCCAAUCACAUCUUCCAGACCUGCUACAACCUCUGCCGCCUCAACAAGUCGCGCCAGGAGGAAGCUGCACAGGCUGGCAUAAUUCCUUGCCUCAAGCGUGUCAUUGAGACGCGGUCGCCGCUGAAGCAGUUCGCGCUUCCUAUUCUGUGCGACCUCGCGAGCGCAGGGAAGAGUUGCCGCUCGCUCCUGUGGCAGCACGACGGCAUGUCGAUGUACCUUCGCCUCCUGGACGAUCCGUACUUCCAAGUUAGCGCCCUCGAGUCAAUCCUGUCGUGGUUGCAGGACGAGACGGCACGCUUAGAAGACAAGCUGCUGGAGCCGACAUCUGUCGAGCUCCUCGUCAAGUGCUUCGUCUCCGCCAAGGCGAACUCCUUCGAGAACUUGUUAGACCCGUUCCUCAAGCUCAUUCGCACCAGCACGCCUUUGACGCUGUCCAUUGCCAAGGUGCCCGUGUUUCACACCAACAUUCGCGAGCGCCUCAUGGGCCGCCGCGCGAAGGCCGUGGUGCGCGUCAACCUGCUGCGUGUCCUUCGCACGGUCGUCGAGGUGCACCCGAACCGUGUCAUGCUUGUCGAGAAGUACGGUCUCGGCGAGAUCGUGGGCCGGUUGGCGAAGGAAGACCCCGCUGUGCUUGUGCGCAAGCUCGCGAAGGAGAUCGCGCCGACGCUGCAGCCUGGCCUCGCGCGGAGGUCGAUGAGCGGUGGAAGUGGUGGACGUGCCAGUGCCGCGGGCAUGGACAACGGUGCCAGCGGCAGUGGAAACGGCGGUAGCGGCGGGCGGAAGGCGAGUCGAUUGAAGGCGAAGCCCAAGGUCAAGGGCCCGACCGACACGCCACAGACGCCCAAGUCUGUCAUCGCACCGAAGCGCAUGCGGCGGUCUGCUAGCGAGGCAAACGCGUCGCCCUACGGCUCCAUUGCCCCCAACCGACAUCCAGCAUCGCCUACCGUCACCAUGGGUCGCAGCGGCAGCAGUCCCCUGAUGACGGGGCUUCUGCACGGCAGCCCACAGGGCACACUGGGGUCUUAUGCUGGCAGCAUCAGCGGCAGCUACACGAACGGAAGUUACUUGAUGAACGGCGCCUUCAAUGGCAACCUCACGAAUGGCAACGGCAAUGGCGGGACCAAUUCUGGCACCGCGCGGCAUGGUACCGCAGGCAGGCGUCCGCGAAACAAGCUGGGCGAUAUCGCAUGGGAGUCGCCCCGACAAUAG